UUAAAAAGACAGAGAAGCUUACUUUGCCCUAUGGACGGCCCAGGGUUCUGCAGAAGAGACAUAAUUACUGCCUCCUUUACCAUUACCGCUAUGUGAGUGGAUACAGCAAGGACUACAGGAUGUCUCUGUGGAGUUCAUACACUGUUAACAAAGAUGACGAAUGGGUUUCUGCUACAGAAGAUAUCUCCAGCUGUUUACACAAGGAUGUUCGUAUUUCUUUUAAUCAUAAUCAGACAUGUGUGUUUUACAACAAUCAUCCUCGCCUAACUUAUGGAUUCCUUUCUCCUCCAAAUUUUAUGACAGGUGCAAAGAAACCUCACUAUGAUGCCUUGCUUACCAGCAACAUUGUGCCAAUGUAUCCUGCGUUUAAAGUGCUAUGGAACUACUUCCAUCAGUCCCUGCUACCUGGAUAUGCUGCAGCCAGGAACGGUGUCAAUGUAGUCAGUGGUCCUGUGUUUGAUUAUGACUCUGAUGGGCUCUAUGAUACCCCAGAAAAGGUGAAAAGAUACCCCAGUAAUUCAGAAGUUCCAGUUCCAACUCACUUCUUCAUUGUGCUGACUAGUUGUAAAAAUACUUCUGAAACUCCUCUGGAGUGUGAAGGGUCUCUAGAUGCCUUGUCUUUCAUUGUACCUCACAGAGAAGACAACAGUGAAAGCUGUGCAGAUGGCAAGCCUGAGUCCAUGUGGGUUGAAGAGAGAAUGAAGUUUCAUACAGCUCGGAUCAGAGAUAUAGAAUUACUAACGGGACUCAGCUUCUAUCAAGACAGAAAACAGCCAGUAUCUGAGAUUUUACAGUUAAAAACAUAUUUACCAACUUUUGAAUCAGUCUGAUUUUUCCUAAGUAAUGUUGUUGUCCAUUUCACAACUGAUUUGCAAAUAGACUUUUUUUAAUUAAUGAAAACAUUUUUUUUUUUUAAAAUAAGCUGGAACAUUUAUUGAGAAUUCUUGACCAAAAUGCCAGUAGGGAGGAGAGUGGGUGCCAUUUUUGUAUCUCAGGGACUCCUGAUGGACUACGAAUAUAACACAGGGUGGUAGCUCCUGUCAUUCCCACUUGAAUGUGGUAGAACCAUGUCCAUUAUUAAAUGCUAAUGGCAUUGAUCAUCAUAGUCUGAGAGACGAACAAAAAUGUUAUCUUUUAUAUGCACUGGAGAGGGAGAAGUUUAUAAAGCAUGGGUUAUGAUCAAUG